AUGGAAGAAAGCCUUGCAGAAGACUUGUACAGUGACUUCGCCGAGGUGGCUGCACCUCAAGAAUUCGAAAUAGUCACCGAAAACGGUGUUCGUGGCACUGUAGCGGUACCUCAUUCGGUAAACCAACAGGACUACUUAAGCCAGGGUUUUGCGCCUCCAACAAACAAAAUAGCAAUUCUAUUGCAUGGCCAAGGUGGCAAUCGAAACUACUGCUACCAGAAAAUACUCGCCCACAAGUUGGCUGCGGAGUUAGGCUACUAUUCGGUCCGUAUUGACUUCCGAGGUUGUGGAAGUCUGGCCGAAUUGACCGAUCCACGGGGCAGAGUCCUCGAGCUGGACGUUGAAGAUAUAGAAAGUGUAGUCGCUCGAAUUUUGGAACCUUCGCAGCUCGUGGAAGGCCGAAGUUUCGUGCUCUCGGCAAUCAUCUCUCAUUCCCGAGGCGCCGUGGCCAUGUUUCUAUGGGCAUUGAAACAGCACCGGCUACUACAGGAUCCAAAAACGGCCGCCAGUGCUGUCUUUGUCCCAAAUCUCAUCAAUUGUUCGCUGCGGUAUCGCUCUCAUACUGUUUACGAUAGAUACCCGCUCUUGGACGAAGAUUUCGAGUUCUUCGAACAACUGGCGGUGAGACAUGGCAAGUUGCUGAAAGUAAAGGUGACCAAACAGGAAUUGGUUUCUCUUGCUACGGCUGAAUUGCUGGUUCUUCGGAAGCUUCCUCCUGAAUGGUCUGUUCUUAGUAUCUACGGGACAAAAGACGAUAUUAUUCCAAAAGAAGACAGUGCUUUUUUCGCUAACACUCUUAACAGAGGAGCGUACACUCACCAUUUACAAAUCAUUGAUGGUGCGGAUCACAACUAUUACGGCACUAAAGUUAUAGACAGUGAGUCCGAUAUGGAGGAAUACAAUCCAUACGGCUUGCCAGUUACAAAAAGAAAUUUGAUUAAUUACAACCCGGUGGCAGCAGCAUGCAUCAUAAAGUACCUUCGUUGGGACCAGGAGCUUCUCAGAUUCGCAGAAAGAAGCGCAACUCUCACGACUGGCGCCUCGAGAUUCAAGAAAGUGGACGGGAUCGCUAAUUUCAGAGACAUUGGCGGCUGGGAGAUUUACAAACCAAACUUUCACACCAGCAAAGACUCACAGGCGCGCUAUUUUGUGAGACCUAAUUUCAUCUUCCGUUGUGCAAAUACUGCCACAGUGCAUGACACUGGACUCGACGCGCUCAAAGCCUUGGGAACCAAAAAGAUUUUUGACCUCCGUUCUUUGGAAGAAUGCAAUAAGGACGUCGUUCCACAAGGUCUACAGGAUGCCGGUAGAGUAUCAGCGCCUGUUUUUAGCACCGGGUUCUAUUCGCCAGACCAAAUGGCUUUGCGUUUCACAAGCUUACUCACAUCGUGGCACACGUUUGCCAAAGAAUACGACCAUAUGCUUGAACAAGGCGUUCUGCUGUUCCGAGCAAUGUUCACACAUAUACGCGACAAUCCAGGCGAGCCAUUCUUGUUCCAUUGUACAGCCGGCAAAGACCGCACAGGAGUCUUCGGUAUCCUCGUCUUGAGUCUUGCCGGUGUAGAUAAGGACACUAUUUCCAAAGAGUAUGCAUUGACAACUUAUGGAUUAAGACCAGACCACGAGGUCAUCCGGCAGAAGUUCCUUGGAGGACUUGCCAAAUUCGACGGAAAGGAAAAUAGCGAGCAGAUGCGUGAUAGCAUCAUCCAAGGCAGAAAAAAUUGGACCAUUGAAGAAAACGGGUUCCAAAAUCUUAUUAGCUCACGGCCAGAAGCAGCGUUGGCCACUCUCGAGUUGUUGGAGAUCAAGUACAAUGGUGUCAUCAGCUACAUGCAGCAGUUCCUUGGAUUCAGUCUCGACGAUAUUGAAGCUAUCUACAAGAACAUUGUAUGCUCAGACCUGCAACGCACACAGCCGCAAUCGUUUAAACUCUAG